UCUCCAACAAGGCAUAGAGUUGGUCGUGCAAACCUUGCAUAGAAGUUAUUUGGGGGAAAACGUGCACGUUAAUUCUAACACGUUUAAUUCUUGUUUUCACUUUGACGAACAAUCAGGGCCUCUGCAAUGUGGAUUCAAGUGCGCACAAUGGAUGGGAAGGAAACCCACCGGGUGGAUUCUCUUUCCAAACUCACUAAGGUGGAUGAGCUGCGUGUUAAAAUCUUUGAGCUCUUCAAAGUAGAGCCAGAAAGGCAGAGGCUGUUUUACCGUGGCAAGCAGAUGGAGGAUGGCCAUACCAUAUUUGACUACAACGUGGGUCUGAAUGACAUAGUGCAGCUGCUUGUUAGACAGAAAAUGGCCCCUGUUGAUGUUGUCAAAAGCAAGGAUAAAGAAGCUGAGCUCUCUGACUCUGAUUCUGGUUGUGGCUCAACCCAGAGUGAGUCUGACAAAAAUUCAACUCAUGGGGAGGUAGAGGCUCAGACAGCCGGCACCUCUGCCCAGACAAACGCCACAGAGCUCAUUGAUCCAGGCUUUGGAUUUUAUAAGGUCAAUGAGAUGGUGGACGCCAGAGACCUGAACAUGGGGGCAUGGUUUGAGGCCCAGAUUGUAAAUGUGACUAAGACCACAAAGAUGCCCAAAGAGGAGGCCACGGCGCCAGACGAAGAGGAGAUACUGUACCAUGUUAAAUAUGAGGAUUACCCAGAGAACGGGGAGAUUCAGCUGCUGAAGAAGGAUGUUCGACCGCGGGCCCGUACAGUGUACCAGUGGCACCAGUUGGAAAAGGGGAUGGUCGUUAUGGUGAACUACAACCCAGACGACCCCAAGGAGCGUGGCUACUGGUAUGAUGCAGAGAUCCAGAGGAAAAGGGAGACGCGCACCCUGCGAGAGAUCUAUGCCAAGAUCAUUCUCGGUGAUGCUGGUGACUCUCUGAAUGACUGCCGGAUCAUGUUCUUGACUGAAAUCUACAAAAUCGAGGUGCCUGGUUCUCUAGCUGACACCCCUGCUGGAUCUGAGAGUCCACUAAAAAGAUCAAAUGGACCUGAGUGCAAGCACUGUAAGGAUGAUCCCCAAAAAAAGUGUCAGUGGUGUAACUGCCAUAUCUGUGGCAUUAAGCAGGAUCCUGACAAACAACUGCUUUGUGAUGAAUGCGACAUGGCCUAUCACAUCUACUGUCUGAACCCUCCACUCACCUCCAUCCCAGAUGAUGAGGACUGGUAUUGCCCAGGUUGUCGUAAUGAUGCUAGUGAAGUUGUGUUGGCUGGAGAGAAGCUGAAGGAGAGCAAGAAGAAAUCCAAGAUGGCUUCAGCGAGCUCCUCCAGCCAGAGGGACUGGGGCAAGGGAAUGGCCUGUGUUGGUAGAACCAAGCAGUGCACCAUCGUCCCAUCCAACCACUACGGCCCGAUCCCUGGCAUCCCUGUUGGCUCCCUGUGGAAGUUCAGAGUGCAGGUUAGUGAGUCUGGCGUCCACAGGCCACAUGUUGCUGGGAUUCAUGGCAGGAGCAAUGAUGGGGCCUUUUCAUUGGUCCUGGCUGGAGGCUAUGAGGAUGAUGUGGAUGAUGGCAACGAGUUCACUUACACUGGCUCUGGAGGGCGAGAUCUUUCUGGCAACAAGAGGACUGCUGAGCAGUCUUGUGACCAGACACUUACCCACAUGAAUCGGGCGCUGGCUCUCAACUGCAACGUCAAUGUCAACGACAAAAAUGGAGCGGAGGCCAAGAACUGGAAGGAAGGCAAACCUGUUAGAGUUGUACGCAGCUGCAAGGGUCGCAAGCACAGCAAAUACUCACCUGAGGAAGGAAACCGAUAUGAUGGCAUAUAUAAGGUGGUGAAGUACUGGCCAGCCAAGGGAAAGUCUGGCUUCCUGGUCUGGAGGUAUCUGCUGAAGCGUGAUGAUGAUGAGCCGGCACCGUGGACCAGAGACGGCAAAGACCGCAUCAAAAAGUUCGGCCUCACAAUGCAGUAUCCUGCUGGUUAUCAAAAAGAGAAGGAGAACAAAAAUGAAGUAGAGGAAGAGGAGAAUACAGCGGCUGCAGCAGCAACACCCAGCAAGGCAAAGAGGAAGAGAAAAUCUCAGGGUAGUGAAUCCUCAAAGAGCCCACCAGCAAAGACUCCUAAGAAAACUAAGGUAGAGGUGUAUAAGCUCACCAAGGAGCAGAAAGGCUUCAUCAAGAAUGACGAGCCAAACAAGAAGCUGUGGGACGAAGCCAUGGAGUCACUGUCACUUGGACCGAAAUUCUUAAACAAAGUGGAAGAAAUGUUCCUCUGCAUUUGCUGCCAAGAAGUGGUCUUUCAGCCCAUCACCACAGAGUGCCAACACAAUGUCUGCAGGGAAUGCCUUCAGCGGUCCUUCAAAGCAGAUGUGUACACCUGCCCGGCCUGCAGGUACGACCUGGGCAAAAACUACUCCAUGGCCGUCAACAAACCCCUGCAAGACAUUCUUAAUCAGUUUUUCCCAGGCUACAGCAAUGGACGAUGAUCAUUGGUUGUGCCUACUCAGCCCUUGAGGAAAUGCGAUUUAAAAACUGUAAGGGGAAUUUUUCAGUAGAGGCAAUAAAGAAUCAGUUUCUCUUAAUAUAUUUUUAAUGAUUAUAAAACAAGAAUUUUUGAGGACUUCAAUGUUACCAUUUUCACCUCGGAUCUGUCAUGCGCUGGUAAUGAUAAAUUGAAAUUUCCUUUUGUAACUUUACAAUAACCCAAUUAAUACCCAGAACCAAGAUUUUACUCCCAGCUUUAUGUUCUGUUCCAUUAACUAACGCUAAUGUUAUUCAUGAAGUAAAAUGUUUCCUACUUUUAACUAACUCCUCCAGUGUUUAGCACUAUUUAAGAGAACUUUACUUCAAGAGUCACUUGGGUGGUUGGCCAAAUGUGUUACUUUUGGAAGUGGCUUUUAGAACCUGGGUCUCAUGUGGUCUACCGUUAGUCAGGCUGCUGUUGGUCGUCAUUUUGAAAGAAUUAUUAGAAAUUUGGUCUAAACUCAAACCUGACCUGGAAGGCUCUGUCGCCUUUAGAGAUGUAAUUUUCUGUAGUCUUUCUUUUAAACAUGUCUGUAUUUUGGUGUUUGCAAACACAAUGAAGCUUGGUUUCUAAGUAAGAAAUUGAUGACAAACUAGAGCGAAAUGGAUCAAUCUUCUUGACUGUGGCACCUUGUGCUGGCAUGAUCAUAUGAUUGAUGUGGCAUUAACAUAAGCAGUGAUCUAGGCCCCUCAAGGAGGACUUCUGAAGUCAAAACUGUUCCAUAUAAUGUAGAGUAAAACUAACAUACUGGCCUAAACUGAACCAGUUCCAAUGUCUUUUUUUAUUUGGCCACUUAAACAAUCUGACAGGAAGUGUCUUAUUGUGGAGAAAUGUCAUUUUUAGCAUGGUUUAUUUUUUCUAUGUUUAUUUGUUCCUUAAAAUUUUCUAUAUUUGUAUGUGAUGUUUGUGAAAGUUGGAUACAAGUUACUAUGAUUUUGAUAAAACUUUAAUGCUUAACAUGAUUUUCUAAACAAAAUAGAUUUGAUUACUCUUUUUUUUUUUUUUUUUAAAAAGCUUCCCUUUAUAAGUCCAAAGAAACACAAGUGCUCAACCAAGAAUAUAUAAUGUAGAACUCCCAUGUAUCUAGAUCUUUAGACUUUGUCCCUGACUCUCCAACUUAAUUGAGUCUAGAAAAUCUAUUUGUAUUUUUUCUAAAACUAAAAUUUGUACUUUUUACAUUUUUAUAAUCCGUUACCGCCAUCUGUGCCGGCACUUGUUAUACCUGACUUUCCAAAAACAGGAAAUGCUUGCAUCAAGUUUAAAACUUGAAGGAAAUUCCACACAUGCUCCUGAAAUUUGAUAUAGAAUAAACAUAAUUAUUUGAAUCUGUUAUGUAUUGCUUUUGCCGUUCCUCUUGUCUUUGAAUACUUGUUUUGUAAUUUCAAAGGCAAUGUGUGACAAUGCCUAUUCCCAUGCCAGCGGGUCAAGUUUUUGAGAUGGAAGACUUGCAUAGACUGGUAAAUGUAUAUUUUCAUAAAUUGUAUAAUUUUUAGUCCGUUUAGUUUUGAUAUGUAGUUUUAGAAUUGCUUUGCACACGUUGAGUGCAAAUAUGUGUCAAUACAUUUUCUGUGUCAUUCAAUAAAAAAAGGUAAAAACAA